AUGACUGGUCCCCACGGUUGGGGCUAUGGGCAGGAUGAUGGACCCUCUGAGUGGUACAAAUCUUAUCCUGUUGCCCAAGGGAACCGUCAAUCACCUAUUGAUAUAGUUUCUGCAAAAGCAGUUUAUGACCCUGGUCUGAAGCCACUUAAUAUCUCCUACGAGUCAUGUACUUCUCUCAACAUCUCCAACAAUGGCCAUUCAGUUAUGGUCGAGUUUGAAGAUGCCGAUGACAAGACAGCAAUCAGUGGUGGCCCCUUUGAGAACCCCUUUCGGCUAAAGCAGUUCCACUUCCACUGGGGGACAAAGCCGAGCCAGGGAUCGGAGCACACAGUGGAUGGCAAACCCUUUCCUUCCGAGCUCCACUUAGUUCACUGGAAUGCCAGAAAAUAUGCAACAUUUGGAGAAGCAGCAGCAGCUCCAGAUGGCUUGGCAGUAAUUGGUGUUUUCUUGGAGAUUGGGAAUGAACAUGCCAAUAUGAACAGACUCACUGAUGCUUUUUACAUGGUAAAAUUUAAAGGGACAAAAGCUCAGUUUAGAAGCUUCAACCCCAAAUGUCUCCUGCCUUUGAGUCUAGAUUAUUGGACGUAUCCUGGUUCCUUGACAACACCGCCUCUUAAUGAGAGUGUAACAUGGAUAGUGCUGAAGGAAUCCGUCAAGAUUUCUGAGAAACAGCUGGAGAAAUUCCGAACUCUCCUCUUCACCAGUGAGGAAGACCAGAGGAUCCAAAUGGUCAAUAAUUUCCGCCCUCCUCAGCCUCUUAGGGGGAGAGUAGUUCGAGCUUCCUUCAAGGCCUGA